CGGUUUUUUGCAUGUCUCCAAACUUUAUGUCUCGCACCCAAAGAUCACACAAAUUACUCCAGAAUUCUUUAUCAAUAAGCUACCAAGAGCAAGGAAAAUCAAAACCAUGAAGCUGAUCAUAACUGGAGCCACCGGCUUUGUCGGCACGGCUGUCUUGCGCGCAAGCCUUCGGGACCCUCGCAUCACCACCGUUGUCGCCCUCUCUCGCAGCCAGGUCGUGGCAACUGACUGCACGGACACGCCCAGCGACCGCACGAAACUCGUCAGCGUCCUCAUCAAGGACUAUGACGACUACCCGGACAACGUCCGAGCGCACUUUGCCGGAGCGGGUGCUUGUAUCUGGACCGUCGGCAUCACUCCGGCAGCGUCGAAAAACUACACGUGGGACGAGGUGCGAAGAGUCACGCAUGACUGCACCGUCGCGGGCCUCAACGCCAUGAUCGCGGCUCAUCCCGCGCAGCCCUUUCGCUUCGUCUACAUGAGCGGCAUCGCAGCCGAGAGAGAUCAGACCAAGACCCCUCCUUUCCUGCCCGAGCAUGGUCUGUUGAAAGGCGAGGUUGAGAACAGCAUCAUCGCAAUUGCAGCGGAGCAUCAGAACCGCACAGAGAUUGAACCCCGAUUCAUCAAGACUGCGCUCAUUGUUGACGAAGACAAGCCUAUGACUGAGGAGCUGAAGCGCAGGGCGGAGGCCAGCAAAUUGCCAGUGGUCCCGUUGCACGGGUUGGCAAGGGUUAUGAUUGACCAGACAGUCAAGGGUUUCUCCAAGGAGUCGCUCCUGAUUGAUGACAUAUUGAAGCUGAUCUCAUCCCUGCCACAGUAAUGGGUUCUGGCCGAGAGAGCGGGGGCGCUGGGUAAUGCAAGGAAAAUGCAACAGACCUUCGCGAGUGAUAAGUAUUUCAAGACGCGAAUUAUCGUCUUUCAUUUCGUCUCCUGUCUGAAGUUAUUGAUCGUACUUCUCGAUGAGAAUCGGCCGUAUUGAUUUGAACCAAUCUAUCAUUGUAUAAGAGUACUCGGACAUGUUCGCCAGAUCACAUCAGCCAUGGUUUGGUACAAAUCCAAGAUGAGGCCUGCCGACUA